AUGUCGCGCUACGUGCGAGUGCGUCGACAAUGGGCCAUUUCACAGCGGCUCCUACGCGCAUUGAACUCCGACGGGGCUGCUCUGCGAGUCGAUUGUGAAAUAAUGGCGCCUCAGCACAAAGUAGAGGACGAACGAAAGACGAUGCGCCGCGGGAUGUCGCGCCAGCAGGCGAAUGGAUCUUUUCCGUUUCCGAGCCCCGACCAAUACGGCGAGUUGGCAGCUUAUGAUUGA